AUUACUGACUCUUUCUAACAUUAAAAAAGAGAGAAAAAAAAAAAAAAAAGAAGACAGAAAGAAAUGCAGGAAGAAGAAGAAGACAAGCUUAGUAGUUGACAUUUUGAGAGACAGAGCAGGUGGAAGAAAGCACUGCACUUAGCCACCUCUCUCUAAUUAUCAAACAGAUUACAUCAAACUCUAAAACGAAAUGAUUGAUUGAAAUGAAGUGAAAUUUAACAAAAUCGUAAUCAUCAUCAAUCAUGGCAGUCUGGAGAAAUGCAUAUCAUGAAGUGAUCAAUGCAAAACCUUUAUUUCUCACGAUCUAUGCCACCGUUCUCUUUGGUAUUCUCUUCUCUUCCUUUUAUGUCUUCUCCGCCGUCUACUCCGCCACUAAAUCCUCCUCUUCUCUCUCUUGGGUUUCCUCUCCUCCCUCUUCUUUCUCUUAUACUGAUGGGUCAGUUAAUGGGUCUCAAGGAACACCAUCAACUACUGUAAGUUCUCCAACUACCAAGUCACAACAGGAUAAGAAAAGCAGCAUUCUUGAAACACCCAUAUGGGAAAUUCCACCGCCUAAUUCAAAAAUGCUUCCUAUUAAGAAAUUUAGACUCACGAAACAGCUAGUUGAGAAAAGAGUGAAGGACAAUGUGAUUAUUGUUACUUUUGGUAACUUUGCUUUCAUGGAUUUUAUCCUUACUUGGGUUAAACACUUGACUGACUUGGGCCUUUCCAAUCUUCUUGUUGGUGCUAUGGAUACAAAGCUAUUAGAGGCUUUGUAUUGGAAAGGUGUUCCAGUUUUCGAUAUGGGGAGCCAUAUGAGUACUGCUGAUGUUGGAUGGGGUUCACCUACUUUUCAUAAAAUGGGAAGAGAAAAAGUUAUUCUGAUAGAUGCUUUUCUACCUUUUGGAUUUGAGUUAUUGAUGUGUGACACGGAUAUGGUUUGGUUGAAGAAUCCACUCCCAUAUCUUGCUCGUUAUCCUGAUGCAGAUGUCUUAACUUCAAGUGAUCAAGUUGUACCAACUGUUGUUGAUGACAGGUUGGACAUCUGGCAAGAAGUUGGUGCUGCCUACAAUAUAGGAAUUUUCCACUGGCGGCCAACAGAGUCUUCAAAAAAGUUGGCAAAAGAGUGGAAAGAGAUUCUCUUGGCUGAUGAUAAGAUCUGGGACCAGAAUGGGUUCAAUGAUAUUGUACGCAGGCAGUUAGGACCAUCUGUUGAUGAUGACAGUGGACUUGUAUAUGCUUUUGAUGGAAAUCUCAAGCUGGGAAUUCUACCAGCAAGUAUAUUUUGUAGUGGACAUACUUAUUUUGUCCAGGCGAUGUAUCAACAGCUUAGGUUGGAGCCAUAUGCAGUGCAUACCACAUUCCAAUAUGCAGGUACAGAAGGAAAGAGACACCGAUUACGGGAAGCCAUGGUGUUUUAUGAUCCUCCUGAGUACUAUGAUGCCCCAGGAGGAUUUUUGUCAUUUAAACCAUCUAUUCCGAAAGGUCUAUUGCUAAACGGGGAGCACAAUGUUGAAUCCCACUUUUCUCUUGUUAAUUACCAAAUAAAGCAAAUAAGGACGGCACUUGCAGUUGCUUCAUUGUUAAAUCGUACUCUGGUCAUGCCUCCAAUAUGGUGCAGGUUGGAUAGGCUGUGGUUUCCUCAUCCUGGAGUUUUGGUGGGAUCUAUGACUAGACAACCUUUUAUCUGCCCGUUGGACCAUGUGUUUGAGGUGAAUGUCAUGUUGAAACAGCAGCCAGAGGAAGAGUUUGGCCCUGGGAUCAAUAUCAGAGAAUACUCUUUUUUGGACAAUCCUGCAUUACCCAAACAUGUGAAAGAGUCAUGGCUUGAUGUUCACCUCUGUCAAGAAGGAGCUCAAGCUUGCUAUGCAAACGGAACAACUUCAUCUGGAGUACUCAAAUUUCCAAAAGGCAGCAGUGAAGAAAAGUUCAAGACCGUAUUCUCGUCCUUCAAAGAUGUCAAAGUUAUUCAGUUUUCUUCAAUGCAAGAUGCUUUCCUAGGUUUUACUGAUAAGGAAAGAGAAGCAAAGUUUAGAAAUCGAGUGAAGCGGUACUUGGGUAUAUGGUGCUGCGUUGAUAGUCACACUCCGGGACAUAUAUAUUAUGACAUGUACUGGGAUGAGAAACCUGGUUGGAAAGCAAUGCCCCCAGAGACUCCAGAGCUUGACCACCCACCUUGGUAAGGCCUAACCGAAACCAAAUAUUUGUUGAAGUAGAAGAGAUACAAAAAGGAGCAUUGCGUAUCGGGCAUAGUUUAGAAAGAAGGGAUAGAGAGAAGUUAAAAGGAGAGGUACCUAGUUGGUUAAAUUCCUAACACAUCAGUAUGUGGCAUGGGAAGAAUACCUAGUUUUAUAGAUGGACAUCAGAAUUCCUGUAAUCUCUGUAAUGUUAGAAAAAGAAAAUGGCUUUCGAUUUUUGUCAUCAUUUUCAAUUAUAAUACUAAUAAAGAAAUGAAAUUUGUUCCUACAAGGAAGCAACAAAACCCAUUUCGUUCGUUUGCAACAUUGUCGUGGUUCUGUUGCUUUCUGUAUUUAGAAUUUGCAAGCUGGACAGAGUUUAUAUGUACCACUUGGGCAUCUUUUAGAGCAAAGUUUAUAUGGAUAAGGGUAACUACCAAAAACAAUUGGUGAAGAAUUCCAUGUGUUCCACCGGUAGUUACUAUUUGAUAUCUGAAAAGUGCAUAGCUUUUCAGAGAUUUUUAUAUUAAUAUGUCUAGUAUCUUGGAAUUCUGUUUCUA